AUGGCGUUUCUCUUCUCGCGCAGCUGCGAGGUGCUUGGGGCUGGCUGGGUUAAGCUUCGACAGCCCCCCAGGGCUCUGGUUUGGCUGCCGUGCCGUGACUCUUCGGUACACAACAGGACAAUUGUGUGCCUGACCCCACGCUCUGGAGCCCCCCCGGUACCGCGGCUGGGACCCCCAGCUCUGUGCCGUGCCCCCCUUGCUGUGUCUGACCGCCCGGAGGAAGAGUCGCGCUCAGCCCUCCGCCUCCAGCCCGGGCGUGCCUGGCACGGGGCGGCCCCGGGGCGAGCACUGGGACUGUUCCAGUCCACCGGGCACCGCGGAGCCAUUCCACUCCACCUCGGGACCAUUCCAGUCCAGCGGGCACCGUGGGCAGCUGUGAGACACAGAGGCAAAGGAGCUGCCACUGGAGCAGCUGCCCCAGCAGGAGACUCUGCCAAGAUGUCCAAGAGGAAGCCAACUCCAGAGGAGGAACCCAAGGAGGAGACAAUUUCAGAUGAGGAAUCUGGGGAGGAGACGACUCCUAGUGAUGAGUCCAAGAAGAAGAUAAAUUCAGAUGAGGAAUCCAGGGACAAACCCAAGGAUGGGGAUGGUCCUGGGGAUGAUCCUGGGAAUGGUCCUGACAAUGGUUCUGACGAUGGUCCCAAGGAUGGGGAUAAUCCAGGUAAGGUGCAGGGGAAGUUUAGGUUAGACAUCAGGAAAACAAAUCUUCACUGAAAGACUGAUUAGGCACUGGAAUUGUCUGCCCAUGGAGGUGGAUUGUCUGCCCUGGAUGUGUUUAAAAAAAGACAGGAGGUGGCACUCAGUGCCAUGGUUUAUUUGAUGAGGGGGUGUUAGCUCAUAGGUUGGACUA